AUGCACUGCACGGCAGCCCUUUUAAGACUUAAGACCGCCGCACCCAGAGCCCCUCUUCUUUUCCCCGUGUCUCUAUAUUGCUCUCCCAGCUGCCCAUCUACUAGGAGCAACUCUACUUUCACCACCCCCUCUCUCCCCGCCAACCCCACGAUCAACUUCUCCACAAUGGCUCCCGCCGGCGUUCAGCUCACCCUCCCCAUCCCCCAGGGUGCCGAGCACAUCCUCUCGGACGACGCUCUCGCUUUCCUUGCCGUCCUCCACCGCUGCUUCAACAAGAAGCGUCUCGAGCUUCUCGACAACCGCAAGAAGGUCCAGGCCGAGCUCGACAAGGGCAAGCCCCUCGGUUUCCUUCCUGAGACCAAGGCCAUCCGUGAGGCUCCUUCGUGGCAGUGCGCCCCCGCCGCCCCUGGUCUCCAGGACCGUCGCGUUGAGAUCACCGGCCCCACCGACCGCAAGAUGGUCAUCAACGCCCUCAACUCGGGCGCCAAGACCUUCAUGGCCGACUUCGAGGACUCCAACUCGCCUACCUGGUCCAACAUGGUUCUCGGUCAGCUCAACCUCUACGACGCCGUCCGCAACCAGAUCGACUUUGAGACCAACGGCAAGCAGUACAAGCUCAAGGAGAACCACGCCGUCCUCCUCGUCCGCCCCCGUGGAUGGCACCUUGAGGAGACCCGCAUGAUCGUUGACGGCCAGGCCAUGUCUGGUUCGCUCUUCGACUUCGGUCUCUACUUCUACCACAACGCCCUCGAGACCGUCAAGCGCGGCUUCGGUCCUUACUUCUACCUCCCCAAGAUGGAGCACCACCUCGAGGCCCGUCUCUGGAACGACGUCUUCAACCUUGCCACUGCCUACUGCAAGACCCCCACCGGCAUCAUCCGUGGUACCGUCCUCAUUGAGACCCUCCCCGCCGCCUACCAGAUGGAGGAGAUCCUCUUCGAGCUCAAGGAGCACUCCUCGGGUCUCAACUGUGGUCGCUGGGACUACAUCUUCUCGUUCAUCAAGCGCCAGCGUGCCCUCAAGUCGGCCGUUUUCCCCGACCGUACCGACGUCACCAUGACCGUCCCCUUCAUGAACGCCUACGUCCAGCUCCUCAUCCAGACCUGCCACAAGCGCAAGGUCGCCGCCAUGGGAGGUAUGUCCGCCCAGAUCCCCAUCAAGAACGACCCCACCGCCAACGAGGCCGUCAACAACAAGGUUCGCGCCGACAAGCUCCGUGAGGUCACCGCCGGCCACGACGGUACCUGGGUUGCCCACCCCGCCCUUGUCCCCAUCGCCAUGGAGGUCUUCGACAAGCACAUGAAGGGCCCCAACCAGUACUACAACCGCCGCGAGGACGUCAACGUCGCCGCUAAGAUGAUCUCCGACCCCAAGGUCCCCGGUGCCAUCACUGACCAGGGUGUCCGUGAGAACAUCGCCGCCGCUCUUUCUUACUGCGCCGCCUGGAUUUCUGGCAACGGCUGCGUGCCCAUCAAUAAUCUCAUGGAGGACGCCGCUACCGCUGAGAUCGCUCGUGUCCAGCUCUGGCAGUGGAACCACUACGGCAAGUCGACCGACUCGGGCAAGAAGAUCAAUGUCCAGAACCUCAAGCCCAUCUUCGAGGAGGAGGCCGCCAAGGUCGCCAAGCUCCCCGGCAUCUCGGCCAAGCACGUCCAGAUCGCCAAGGACUACAUGCUCUCGCAGGUCGCUGCCAACUACCCUAGCGAGUUCCUCACCUCGGACCUCCAGUGCCACCUCGACGGCGGCGCCGUCCCCCGCAAGGCCGGCCUGUUGCCGAGAGUCCGAGAGGCGCACCAGACCUGGUCCAGCAGCGCGCUAGUGUCGGAGCGGUGGCGAGCAGGCGCAGACUGGCUUAUGGACCGUGCAGACGUUCUGGACCCUUCGAACGGAGGCGAAGCUGCGGCCGCCCAUUGCCCAACCCAUUGCCAGAUGAACCACCGUGCUGGAUUCCAACCUUCCUCAACGCUCCAUCACUCACCUCAUCAUGGAUCGACAUCAUUGCUUUCCAAACCCACCCGGCGAACCCUCCGUCUCUCGCUUGACCCGCUCUCUAUGGUCUAA